AUGACAACACUUAACAAAGAAACAGCAGAGCUCGAUUUGUCACUCUACUGCAAUAUACUUUAUCAUCUUCAAGAAGGGUUUUACGGAACGGCUUUAACUAUCUGUAACGAGGAAUUGCAUAAAGCAAAUGAUUCCCGACAAAUUGUACUAUUCCGGUCGAUCGCUUUAAUUAAGCACGGUCAAUAUGUGGAAGUAGUACGCCUACUUCACUUACUUCGUCACGAUACAAUUGUUGGCUUUGCAGCAUCAGUGGUUCUUCGAACAGCGCAUGCUUUAUUAAAGAAUCCAGAUCGAGAAGAAAUAUCUGAAUUGGAUCGAACAAUCAAUGAGGCAUGUAAAACUGCAGAUAUGCAGGCCAAAUAUAAUGCCGCAAUAGCUUACACAUUGCUUGGAAACAGUGACAAAGCUUGUUCUUUAAUUGAAAAAUCAACCGAUUCCAACAAUAUUCAAUUGAUUGUUCUUCAAGCUUGGAUUGAACUCAAGCAUGGCAAAGAUAUGAAUGUUGCGCAAAAACUUUUUAAGAAAGGCAUUGCAGCAGGAUAUCCGAACGCAUACAUCGGAAUGGCACGUUUGUUGGAAAGACGAAGAAAUUUGACAGAGUUGCGUCAAGUUCUUUACACUUUGAUAAAGAAAGUUCCAACUUUUCUUCCAGGAUACAUUGAAUACUGUAAAGCAUAUUUGAUGGGUUAUGAUUGGGAACACUGCAUGGAACAGGUACAAAGGACGCUAUUUCUACAGAAUGACUGUUUGCAAGUUCGUUGGUUAGAAGUGAUUCAUGAACUGGUUAUAAAAAAUCGUGUAAAAGAAACUGAAAAUGUCCUUCAAAAUCUUGCUGAAGCAAUCGAAAAAAACGAGCCAAAAAAUUAUCAGUUGCAUCAUAAAAUUGCCCAACUUCUUAUUCGAAUCACUAUAUUUGAUCAUCCGGCGACUAAAUUUGCUAGGAAGUUGCUUGAUAGAGCAGUUUCGGUGACGAAAAAUCAGGACUAUUUGUGUGAACAGGUAAGAUUACUGCUGCAAAGUGGAGACUUUAAGGCAGCUGAAACAAUUAUGUUCGGAGCGUUAAAGGAUGAUGUCACCCCUAAUGAACAACUAUUAAUUGGUGUAGCACAAUGUUUCAUUGCAAAAGGUCAAAUCGAUGAUGCAAUUACUCAGAUGGAAUUCGUAGAAGCAACACAUCCGAGUAUCCGCCAAACUAGUUUGUAUAUCUAUUUGAUGGCAGUAUUGGAUAAAGAGCAACAUAAACCAUUUGAACAGUUUUUCCAAAAAAUGCAAAAUGCAUUGGAUGUACAUUUAUCAGCAUUACAGAACGUUGUUUUUGGUGUGGAAUAUUUGACAUUGCUGGAUCCAAAUUUACUAAUUGAUAUGGCAUUGCAACUUUACGAAUUUGCACCACUUACACCAGCGAAUUCUGCUAAUGUCGUACUUAAAGAAAUUGAUAAAAUCCUAACAAUUGUUCUGAAUUAUUGUCCAGCACUGUUAAUCGCUGUAUAUCUCUUAGCCAAAGUAAAAUAUCUUUCAAUGGAUUUUGCUGAAGCAGAACGACUAUUAGCAAAUUGCACUGAUAAAAAUGAUGCUCCUCCAGAAGCCCACUUACUUAUGGCACAGAUUCAUCUGCAUAAAAAUAAUUAUGAUGAGACUGGUAAAUGUUUGGAUAUUGGCUUAAGUAAUAAUUUUAAAGUUCGCGAACAUCCUCUGUAUCACCUUAUCAGGGCAAAACUUCAAAAGAACUCAAAACAGAUCGACGUAUCAAUACAAACUUUGCAGAAAGCAAUCGAACUGCCUUUGUUUAAAGCUAGUCCAUCAAAAAAACGUCAGAAUUUGGAAGUUGUUGAUGCGGAUCGUAUAGCCAUCUACUUGGAAUUGAUGGAUUCUUAUCAGCAACUUGGACAGCUUGCAGAAGUUGAUGAGGUGAUGAAAGAAGUGCACGAACGCUGGGCUGAUAAAACGGAACAACAACAGUUUGUGCUAAUGGAAGCAAAUCUGAAAUUACAGCGCAAAGAUAUUAAUGGUGCAUUAGAGAUGCUUGCAUCUAUACCACCUACAGAGGCUAACUAUCAAGCAGCUCGCAUUAAAAUGGCUGAAAUUUAUUUGAACGAAAAAAAGGAUAAACGAAAAUUUGCUGUUUGCUUCAAACAACUUGCGCAAAACAAUCCAUCACCAACGGCAUAUAUAUUGCUUGGUGAUGCUUACAUGAGCAUACAGGAGCCUGCACAAGCAAUUGAAGUAUAUGAAACGGCGCUGAAAAGUAAUCCAAACGAUGAUGCGUUGGCUGAAAAAAUAGGCCAGGCAUACGUCCAGUGUCAUUUUUAUACGAAGGCAAUCAAUUAUUAUGAAGCGGCAUUGAAAAAUGGAAGUAAACCAGUGAUGAGGAUGCGCUUAGCGGAAUUGUUAUUUCAGCUCGAAUAUUAUGAAAAGUGCGAAAAAGUGUUACGUCAAGCACUUGAUGCAGAUCAAAAUCCUGUCGACGUAGCUCGAAUGAGUGACCAUGUAUCCUAUUGGUCUUUAUUGUCGAAAUUGCAUUUCGAAAAUGGUAACUGGAAAGAAGCAUCCGCGGCUCUAGAACGUGCUCGUGAAAUUCAAUUAUCUAUAAUUGCAAAACCACCAAAUGAGGUCGCAAAUCUUGCCGAAGAGAAGAAAUUUGCUGCAAAAUAUUUAGCAGAAUUACAUUGGAACCGAAGGGACGCUAAUAAAGCGAUUGAUCUUUACCAGGAAGCUAUUUCUUUGAAUAAUACAGAUAUUAAGAUAAUGACAGCACUUGCAAAUUUGUAUCUCUUGCUUGGCAAACUGGAUGCUUGCAAUACACAAUGCCAACUGAUCCUGAAUGCUGACCAGAAUAACGAUGAUGCUACACUGAUGAUGGCUGAUCUGUUGUAUCAGUCUAAUGAAGCCGGUAAAGCAACCAUUCACUUUACACAAUUGCUCGAUAGGAAUCCAAAUCAAUAUCAUGCGCUAGCAAGAUGUAUUGAGUUGAGUUGGCGAAGAGGUAAUGUGGAACAAGCGGAAAAAUAUCUGCGAAAUGCUCUCAACAAAAAUCCUCGUGCUACACUUGAUGCUGGUUUCAAUUACUGUAAAGGACUUCAUGAAUGGUAUGCUGGAGAUUCAAAUGCAGCGUUGCAAGCAUUCAAUCGUGCACGACGUGAUCUGGAAUGGGGCGAACAAGCUACUUAUAAUAUGAUUGAAAUAUGCUUAAAUCCGGAUAACGAAAUAAUUGGAGGAGCGUCUGAUUAUAGUCAGGACAGUAAUACAAACAAGGGAAAUGAUAGAGAAGUGGGCACGAAGACAGCGGAAGGAUUUCUGAGGGAAUUACAAUGCAAGACUGGAUUAGACUAUAAAUACCGGCUAAUGGAAAAUUUCAUCUUGUUGAUGAGUGGCAAUCGCGGAAAUGUACAACAGGCAUUGACGAAUUUUCUUAGUAUGGCAGAAACUGAAGAUCCAGGAAUGGUAAACGUUGGAGCACUUCUUGGCUCAGCUCGAGCUUAUUUAAUUUUGAAACAAAUACCGAAAGCAAAAGCUCAGCUAAAGCGUGUACUUAACUAUAGAUGGACAUUGGAGGACGCUGAUUACUUAGAGAAAUGUUGGUUGCUAUUAGUCGACCUUUAUAUCAAUCAAAACAAGAAUGAUCAAGCUUCUGACAUAUUGCAAACUGUUUUACAGCACAACGCUAGUUCAAUGAAAGCAUUUGAAUACAAAGGAUAUAUAUGUGAAAGAGAGCAAAAAUGGGACGAAGCAACUGCACAUUACGAAGAGGCUUGGCGUCUGAGCAAAUGCAGGAAUCCGGCCAUUGGCUACAAACUUGCUUACAACUAUCUGAAAUGUCGGAGGCCGUUCGAAUGCAUCGAAACAUGCCGUCGCGUGCUGGAACUUUACCCAAGUUAUCCGCGAAUCAAACGUGAAAUUAUGGACAAAGCGAGAGCGAGCAUACGCAUAUAA